AUGGCCUUUGGCUUCCAGGCCCUCCGUGUCCAGUCCUGCGCGAUCGAAGGCCCCUGCGUGUCCGGUGCCGGCCAUCCCGAGAACUCUCCUGACAAGAAUACCUGUGUCAUCCACGUGGAGCCCUGCAACGACCGGCCCCUUCACGUGCUGGCCUUCCAGGCAGUACCCGGCCACGACGUGCUCCGGGUCAAUGGCGAGGACUUCACUGGGUUGGUGGCGCCCCACGGGGUCGUGCCGAAGGGGCUCCUCGUUUGGCGUGCUGAAAGCAGCGCAGGGAGCAACGCUGGCUUCAAGCUCUGCCUCGCUGAGGCUGUGGCCAGAGCUCCGUCUGCCAUCCCAGGGGACAUCCAGCAGCUCGAAGAGGCUCUCUUGGAUGCGCCGGCAGCCUCCCGCCAGCUUCAGGAGAUGACAUGGAUGGUGAGUUCUGGGUCCUGCACUUUGAACACGAGCGAUGGCUGCAUCAGCAGUACCGGCUACCCAGACCCUUACCCGAAUGACGACGCCUGUGAGAUUGCGGUGGCCAACGACAACAGAAGGCCCAUCGAGGUGGUGGCCUUUGACACGGAGAGUGACUAUGACGGGCUCCACGUCGACUCGUCUCCGCUCUACUCGGGUAAUUCGGGUCCGGAGGGUGUGGUGCCCCAGCUCAAGAUCGCCUGGUCUUCAGAUGGAAGCGAAGUGGCAGGCGGCUGGAAGAUCUGCCUCGGGGAGGAGCGGCUCGCGCACUUCGUGGACCUCUCCUGCGGCUUUGAGAGUCGCCUGUGCUUUUGGAAGCUCUCCAAUGCUACCUUAGCACAAUCUGCCAGUGAAGCACAUGCUGGGGAGUGGUUUGUACAAGCACCUUCCAACGCGUCAGAGAACCGCACCUCGAUCCUGGAAAGCAGCUUCAACGCCACGGAGAAGCCCAUGGCGUUGGCAUUCGCCUACAAGCUCACGGGCUCGGAGGACGCCCUGGAGGUUCAGAGCCAGAUGAUCAAUGCCAGCUGGGCGAGUCUGUGGCUGGGCGGUGGCGGCCAGGCAACAUGGCAGGAGGCCGUCGUAGCAGUCCCUACCGGCAGCACGGCACUGCGCCUCUUGGCCACGACAGCGGCCGUCAUAUAUCUGGACUCGGUGUUUGCUCUCAACGUGGCUGCAGGACCUAGCAAUGUCAGUUGUAACUUCCGAGAGAAUGCAUGCGGAUGGAUUGCCGGAGAGGCCUGGAGCUCGGACGGGGAAGAGAUGAAGGGACACAUCGCCAGUUCCAGCAAGGCUUCGGCCCUGAGCAGCCCACGAUUCACCAGCGGCUCUCCCGGCGCCUUGCGCUUUCAAACCGCAGUUGCGUCCGGCAGCCUGCAGCUGCAGUACUUUGCGGGAGGUUGGAGCACGAUUUGGCGGGACGCGGAACGACACCAUUCGGCUCCAGUGGAGUCGAUCGUCGCCGUGCCCGUGGAGGCCGAAAUCCUGCGAUUCGUUCUCUUCACCACGGACUCCCAGGAGGAGGGCGAUGUUUCAGUUGGUUCCGUGGACUUCGGGCCGCUGGAGUUAGCCGACUUGGCCUGCGGCUUUGAGACUGGGCUGUGUGCCUGGUUGCCGGGCGCAUUCAACAGCAGCCAGCUUUCGACGGAGGCCACUGAUGCCCCUGAUGCCCACACCAAAACAGGGAUCUUCCGGGCAACUUCCAACGCGUCAGAGAACCGCACCUCGAUGCUGGAAAGCAGCUUCAAAGCCACGGAGAAGCCCAUGGCGUUGGCAUUCGCCUACAAGCUCACGGGCUCGGACGACGCCCUGGAGGUUCAGAGCCAGACGAUCAAUGCCAGCUGGGCGAGUCUGUGGCUGGGCGGUGGCGGCCAGGCAACAUGGCAGGAGGCCGUCGUAGCAGUCCCUACCGGCAGCACGGCACUGCGCCUCUUGGCCACGACAGCAGCCAAUGAGCUCAUACAUCUGGACUCGGUGCUCGCGCUCAACGUGGCCACCGCGCCCGAGAACAUCAGCUGCCAGAACUUUUCUGCGGAUCUCUGCGAGUGGGUGAUCGAGAGCGAGGAGCUGCUUCUGCUUGGCGGCUACCCCUACUACCUUCUCUCCUGGAGAAGCCCCACCUUCCCCAGCAUCGCGGAGAGCGUCCGCAUGCAGCUGAAUCUGAGAGAGGCCGAAGCUGAGGACAAGAGUUUGGAGGUGUACUUUUUUGCCACCGGGCGUUGGUGGCUGCUCUGGUCUGCUGCGCUGGGGGUUGAGCAGGAGGUGAAGCUGACCCUUCCGGUUGGGACGGAGUGCGUCCGCUUCAUGGGCAGGCUUGAUGGCCACCGUGUGCUGGACUGGGCCGUCGCCGGCUACACGGCGACUCACACCGUCAGCCUCGUGAGAGACCUGCAGCUACGCCGGAAGGCGGUGAGCAAGCCGAUCCUCACCCUGUUUGCCGGAAAUGGGCAGCACACCUGUGCCAUCCUCACCAGCGCUGGAGAGCUGAAGUGCUGGGGUGCAAACGACGCCGGGCAGCUGGGGUAUGGGGACACCCAGAACCGGGGCGCGGGGCCCUCCGAGAUGGGCCAGGACCUGCCCGCUGUGGACCUCGGCCCUGGGGCCAGGGCACUGCAAGUGGCCUGUGGGAACUGGCACACGUGCGCCCUGCUGGAGGGUGGCGGGGUGAAGUGCUGGGGUAUGGGGAUGUUUGGCAUGCUCGGGUCGGGCAGUGCGUCGGACAUCGGGGCAGGGCUUGGAGAGAUGGGAGAGCAACUGCCUUUCGUGGACCUCGGAAGCAGCGCCCGAGCCCUGCAAGUCACGGCCGGAAGGUUUCACAGCUGUGCUGUCUUGGAAGACGGGAGGGCCAAGUGCUGGGGAUGGAACAUUAAUGGCCAACUGGGCCUCGGCGACACCCAGCAGCGAGGGCACCAGGGUGGGCAGCUGGGAGACGAACUGCCGGCGAUCGAUCUGGGUGCGAGUUUCGUGGUCGCGCAACUCACAGCGGGUAUUCUGCACAACUGCGCUUUGUCUCAGGAAGGACAGGUUAAGUGCUGGGGAGAUGGGGGGUCCGGGCAGCUCGGGCAGGGUGACAACUCCAACAUUGGGAGGAGCCCUGAAAGCAUGGGCGAGGCACUGCCUGCCAUUCGGCUUGGCGCGCGGGUCACACAGAUAGCGAGCGCCGGGGAACUUCAACUGCGCACUCCUGGAGGCAACGUGAUGCCUUCCUCGAGCCCGUCGCAGUCGAGUUGGGCCAGGGCCUCCGGGCCGUUCAUCUUGCCACCAGCGGCUAUCAUUCUUUGCGCCAUCUUUCAAGAUGACAGCCUCAAGUGUUUGGGUGGCGCCGAGUCGGGGCAGCUGGGUAAUGGUGACAACCGCCACAUCAUCGUCGGCGAUGAGGUGGUCGCCGGCUACGCCCACACCUGCGUGCUGCUGAGCGACGACAGCGCCCGGUGCUUUGGCAUGGGAAGCUAUGGAGGCCUGGGGACGGGCUCCCCAGAGCCGGUCGUCCUCUUCCAGCUGGGCUGUGCCUGCAGAUCUCUUCUCGCCCACCCCGCGCAAUGA